CGGGGAGCUGAAUGGCGGACAGAAAUAAAUACUUGUAUGGACUAACAUGAGGAUAUAAAUGAAGGAUCUAUGGAAUUGUCCAGCAUGGGUGAAAGUUGAGCGUCUAGAGUGAGUCUGCUUUAUUGUGUACAUCUUGCCUCUAUCUGUGAGUUGACUCUACUCAUGUGUGCGCAUGUGGUAACAUAGAGCCCAAUGGAGGAGUUGAACCCUGUUUCAGACACUCAUGCCUUACUUGAAUCUAUGCUUCAGAAAUUACAGCUAAACACAACAACCAACAGUAGCUUACAUGCUGAUAUGCAAACACGUAGUCCGUAUGAAACAGGGGAGGAUUCAUCUAAAGCAGCAGUUUAUUCGUUUCGAUUUUCUUCCAAAAGUAAAGAGCGAGAUGGAAGCACCUCAGUUUGGAAUAAGAGGGAGAAUCCAUGGACUCAACAAUCUUCUAAUUUUGAGGGUGCAUUGACUCCUAAGCAACCCGUCAAAAGGAUCAGUAAACACAACUCGGGAUUCUCUACUAAACCAAAACGGCCACCAUUAAUUUGGGGGGAACACACACGCUUUACGUCAGAGAGGACCGAUGAUGUCACUUCCUGGGUCGGAGACAAUCAGAUGCCCAGGCCAGAGAAGAUGCAACAAUUUUCUCUGGAAGGGAACACCAGCUCAAAUGUGCCACCGUUAUACAAAACAGAAUCCUUCCAAAACCCCCCUGACCUUCUGGCUCCAACACUGACACCAUCAUCUUCAGUGGUGGAAAAACCAGAGGUCAAGGGUCAAAGUGGUACAUGGAGCUGGGUUGCUGUGAAUGAGAAAAUUGAAGGCAUCAGACCUCACGAGCAGUCAGGAAAAACGACAAAGACAAGUAGGAAGAAGUGGGGUGAAGCUAAAAGGUGGGCUCAGAAUGUGAAAGAGAGAUGGAGAGAGAGACACAGAAGCACAAUGACCAGACAAAGAGAUGAUGGAGAAAGACUAGCGCAGAAUGAAGUACAAAGUAAUCUAUCGUCAUUAUCUGGGCCCAACUAUGUGAACAACACACCUACGGCACCCACUGAGGCUACAGAUAUCCACCAUGAACCGAUCAACAGAGCACUGGAUGAAUAUGGCCCUGCUUCGCUAAGCUACAUGAGCACUACUUCUAAUUUGAUGGAGGAGAUCUUCAGCGGGACAGAGUGGGCUCAGUUUCUCUCAGUUAAAUGCACCACGCAGGACCAAUCAAACGAGCCACAAAUUAAUAUCAACCAAUCACGUGAAGAACAGCGGAACAGUAAAUGGACUCAAAAUUACACAACCGAUUCUCAUUUAGGUAUGACUAAACCUUUGCUCUCCGAGAGCUUUGCCUCCGAUAAACCUGUUUACAACCAAACCGAGACGUCCCAGAUGAGUGUUCCUUCAUCACACGUUACUGAUCUCACCACAAAUACAUUACAAACUUCUGACCUGUUUACAAACGUGUUACAAAACGGCAAUCUGAAACUCAAUGAAUCUCACCAAACGACAAACGAACAAUCACAGUUUUCCCAGCUUGAUCCGAACAAAUCAAAGGCAACUGACCAUAGCGAUCCACAACUGAUGUCUAGUCAAGUAUCUGACCCCAAACAAGGUGGGACGGAGGAUUUCAUACCUCUCUUGGACCUUUCACUCAUUAAGCCAAUGGACAGAUGUUCCAUAAAAUCCUAUGGAUCUAUGAGCCGUAAAAGAGAGCAUUGGACAAAAAGGAGAGAUCCAUUUAAACACACCACACAAGACAUGGAGGACGAGGACCACAGCAGCUCUUUCAUGGCCACAGAGACUUCAGACUCACCCACGUCUUCACUCAACUCGCUGAUGGACUCCAUCUCAGUGUCUUCUUUGGAGACUGCGGUCAAAAAGAGGAGGAUGGAAGGCACUCAACGACGCGUUCGAUUCUCUGAGGAGGUCAUCAUCUUAACACCCAGCUACUUGCCAGAGAAUGACGAUGACGAUGAUGAAGAUGAUGAUAAUGAUUGCCCAGAGGAGCCUUCUCCCCGGCCUUCAAUCCCUAAGUGGAAUGUGUCUUUAAAAGGAAAAAGUGCAAAGUACAAAUUUUAACUCCCUUUGCAUCUG